AUGCAUGAUAAUGGCGGAGAUUCUAAUGAACGGAUAAUUAUAUUUGCCACCGAUUAUAUGCUUAAAAUGCUAGCCGAAACGAAAACUUGCGGCAUAUUUCUUGUUACAAAGAAAAAAACGUAUACAACAUAUGAAGUUUUAAGAUUUUACUCGAAAAAGCCCAAGAACGGAAUUAUUUAUAUGGAUUUUGAAAAGGCUGCAAUCAAUGCCGUCGAAAAUACUCUAGGUAGAGAUAUCAACAUCCAAGGAUGUUUUUAUCAUCUAACUCAAUCAACUCAUAGAAAGAUUCAGGAAUUGGGGUUAGAAUCAUCAUAUCGGAAUGAUCGAAUGUUAUGCUUAUUUGCAGCUAUGAUCGAUGGAUUAGCAUUCUUACCUAUACACGAUGUCAAACGAGGUAUGGAGUAUUUAAAAACCAUUGUAUCGGAUGAAAACAAAGAAUUAUUGUUUUAUUUUGAUAAAAAUUAUGUGAAUGGAGAAUUGAGACAUGGGAAAAACUCUCAAAGGCAAGUAGAGCCAUUUUUCCCACCAGAAACAUGGAAUGUGUUUAAUGUUACGAUUGCUGGGGAAAAUCGAACAAACAAUGUAUGUGAAGGAUGGAAUAACCGAUUUAAGCAUAUUGUAGGCAACAAAAAACCGAAGAUAUGGGAACUACUCGAAAAAAUAAGGAUGGAAAUAGCGGUUGAUAUGGGAAAAAUCUGCCAAUGUAAUAUUGGGACAUAUACUCCCAAAAAAAAUCGUAUUUAUGCAACGAAACAAACUAUUUAA